AUGAUCAAGUCAAUCGUUCCAUUCCUGUUGUUGCUACAAGCCUUUGUCUCUGCAGACGACAAUAUGGUGGUGACUUGCGGUUCCGUCAUUAAAUUAAAGAUUCCUCAACGAGGAUCCACCGCCACCUAUCAUCUCUACAGUGAAGACAUUCAAAUGCACGGAGGAUCGGGACAACAAAUUGUCACCUGGAUGAAAAAUGAUCCCUCCAACACCGGGACACUCUGGCAAAUUCGACCCAAACAUCACGAUGAGAGCGCCGAACAGGAAUAUCCCUCCAAAGACUCCGCUACAAGAGAUACCUGUGCCGAAACGGCAGCACCCGUCCAAUGCGGUAGCACCAUUCGAUUGACCCAUUUAAAGACAACCACCAAUUUGCAUUCUCACGGUGUCAAGAGUCCUCUCUCGCGACAACAAGAAGUCACCGGAUUUGGAACGGGAGAUGGAAAGGGGGAUGCCGGCGACAAUUGGAUCGUCGAAUGCAAUACCAAAGUAUGGAAACGUGGAACCACGGUCCGGAUUCGGCAUGUCGAUACCGAUGCCUAUUUGGGGGGAACCACACAAGCCACGUUUAAUCAAAACAAUUGUGGACAUGGAUGUCCCAUUCUCAAUCAUAUGGAAGCCUUUGGAAGACGUAGCAAAGAUGAAUUGACCAUGCUCGAAGCCGAUAUUGGAAUCUACAUGCACAAGUAA